AGCAUUUAAAUAAUACAAAUAAAAAAAAACUUAAGAAAAACUAACUUAACAGAAACAUGCCGAAUGAAUUGAUAAGGCCCACGGGCUCCUACAAAGUAAGUAAGCGAUACCGACGUGUAGAGAAACGUCGAGGAGAUUCGCUUCACGAUACAAAUGUACGAAUUCAUGGCCCUCCAAAAAAGAAAACGCUAGCUCGGUAUAUUAAAAUAAUCGGAUUAUAUUUAACACUAUAUGUGUGUAUUGCAAUUCUAUUAGCAUGUAAUAUACUCAUUUUGUACAAUUUGCGAGUGCCCAAUAACGAACCCCUUGAGCGUAAGUGCACGAGUAUGUCAUCCGUGCCGGGUAAUUUUGUGGGGGACAGAAAAAUAAUUCGAUUCCAGGCAGAUCAACGGAAUCAAAUAACGCCCUAUAUUCGUCACAUGUAUGCCUAUGUAAAAAAAUAUGGCAAUGAAGGAAAGCGUCGCCUGAGGGGAUGUAAUUUAGAUAAUAACUGGGGAUACAAUAGCGGCCUGCCUUGCAUACUGUUGAAGCUCAAUAAUGCAAUAGGUUUUAAAGCUGAGACAUACACCAGUUCCCUAACACUCCCGAAAGAGGUGCCCAAUGAAUUGCACGAUUAUAUAUUGCAGUUGCCGUUGGAUGAGCGUAUAGAUCGCAUAUGGGUUAGCUGUUCAUUCUUAGAUAAUGCGACUGAUGCGAAAGUGGAUUAUAUACCACACCGGUAUUAUGAUGCCGAUGGCUUGUUUGAAAAAGAGAAUUUCUAUUUGCGUACUAUCUCUGAGAACUUAACGGCUGAAAAUAUCCGUGAGAAUCCAGCGUUUCGUCGCGUUAUUGGUGUACAAUUUCAAUAUCUUCCAAUGAAUCGCGAUGUUACGAUAAAAUGCACAGCAUGGGCAGAAAAUAUUCCUGUAGACGUCGGAUCGAUAAUUAUUAUAUUUCGCAUUGAAGGGCAUGAAGUUUUUCCAAAUCCCGAUCCAGACUUUGAAGAAGCUUUGGAUUUGAACUUUAACUGAAUAAUCAAAGGCAACAUGUUAAAUUUUAUCGUUAAAUUUAACUGUUAAUUUGACAGCUUGGCCUAAGAAAACACACACAAAAACAAAACACAAGCACAUUUUACGUAGUUCUUAUUAACACAAAAGUUUCUAUAUAUCUUUUU